GAACAGCUGAGGUCCAUGUUCCAUUUCUUUUGUCAUUCGAACAAAACAAAUACUCUUAUUCUUUAAAUUUCCAUCAAGUCCAACUUUGAAGCUGAAGUUCUGAUCUACACGCUUGCGAGAUAUAUCCUCGCCUUGAUCCUCUUGCCAUCUUUUUUGAGUCAUAUUUCAUCGACAGCCAUGAUGGGCCUCAGUAGAAGUACGCUCGUUGUACUCUUUUCCCUCUUUUUCUUGUUCCAACCAUUCGUGAACGCUCAAGAUCAGGCUCAAGGACGACCAGGAGCAGCAGCUCCUGCUUCAGCACCCGCGGCUGGCCGACCUGGCAGCGCACCUCCUCCUGAUCAGGUGCCAAUUCAACCAGCGGCUUCAGACCCUGCUCCUGCUGCUGGCAGACCUGGCGGUGCAUCAAGCCCCGCGGCCGGGGAUCCUGCAGCAGGGAGACCCAAAGUCUAUGCCUGUCCGGCAGACAACGGAGCAAGAUAUACAACCGCAAAUGGAGUAACUUUCGAGUUGAAAUGCGAUCACGGUACAACUGCUAAGCCUCUUGAUGCUACGACCACAGCCACACAAAAGGAAUGUGCAGAUUAUUGCUCAACCCUACCAAAUUGCCAGUCUGCCGAUUGGAAUAUCAAUAGCAAAAUGUGUGCAACAAAGCAGGAGUACAUACCGACAUUUCCCCUUCCAGGAACACACACCUGGUUUCCUCUCGAAGAGCGUAAGCAGCGUCCCGACACAGAGUACCGCACACCGCCCGAAUGCCCCGUGCCCAAGGUAGCCCUCGCAGAAAGUGUGACCGCCAGCGCAAGUUUCACAGUUGAUGGCGAGUGUCCAACCAAUAAUGGAAAGAUCUUUUUGACUCCACAGGGCACGUACUUCCAGGUAAAGUGCGGCUUCGAGAAUACAGCUGAGAUCAAGACCCCUGGAAGCCGACCACUUCAUGACUUCGCCGAAUGCAUGACUGCUUGUGCAGAUAUUCCCGAAUGCAAGAGUGUAACGUUUGCUAAUGGAAAGCCCGACUGGGAGUGUAAAAUGUUUGAGGCUGGCGUCGAAGCUUUAACUGCAGAUGCGACGAGCAAGAAAGCAUCCGCAGUCGUCAUUGACCCACCAACAUCUGCAAAGCAAGACGACCUGACAUACCUUUGCUCAACAGAAUGCCCAAAUGCUGAUGGACAAACAUGGGAUUCUCCAACAGGUCAACGAUUCCGUAUGGACUGUUGCAAGCGCCAUGGAACGAUCCCUAUCGGUGAUACACAGGCAGGCUCUUUAGAAGAAUGUAUGAAGAUUUGCGGAUUCACAUUGGCAUGUCAAUCUGUCGAUUUCCAAAAGGACACCGGAAUGUGUUAUUUUGGGAAACAUUCGGGUGCACCAACCAUUGCUGCAUCUGGAUGGGCUUCUGCCUAUGCAGUUGGCUGUGCUGGUGCUUGCAAGAAAGAGGGACGUUGCAUUGCGUAGGCGCUUGAAGUUGAAAUUGAGAUAGUGUUGUUUCCAGAUCCCUACCGUGAGUUUGUUGUCACUGCUGGAUGUAGAGACUGAAGGGAAAUGGUCAGUUCAGAUGAAUUAGAGUUCUUGGAUGUAAAAAUUGAUGAAGUAUGAUCAUCCCACAAGGGUAUGGAGGUUUGGCUAUUAUCAUGUCACGUGAGAUCAUAUGAUGUGCAUAUUAGUGGAAACAAGCCUGCUCCUUGGCAUGUGGCCAGUGGGAGAUCAUUUUUGAGAAGCCCCUGUCCCCUCUUUCUCGAUUUUCGUAUUUGAGUAUUUGGUGGUAAUCUUCUCGACCUCCGAUUUGCCUAUCCAGCUGCAAAUAACCUUGGGCUA